AUGGCGUCCGCAUCUGCGGCUGCUCCCAGGCGCGCAUCCCGUCCUCUGGUAUCGCCUGGCCACAGCCAUGGACCCUUAAAGUAUGCCAGCGCCCAGGAUCUCCCCAGCUAUCCGUCUCCCGGUCUGAAGCCGGGGGACGCGGCGGCGAGUGCCGCAGCAACCUUAGGCUGGGCGAGUAACGCUACCGAUGCCCCGGUUUCCGGCUCUCUCGCAGGCUCAUCGCCUCGAGACCACCACCACUUUGAGACGCCCCGCUCGGCCGACGCGUUACUAGCGGCCGGGUGGGCACAGCGGCAGCAAAAGUCUCACUCGCCAGCUUCUUCUUCAUGGGUAUCCACGGCUGCGAAUCUGGCUUUCCAGGGGGCUAAGGCGUCCCCUACGACAGCGGCGGCCACGACGACGACGACUAGUAAUGGUAGCGGCGCCCGGCCGCGGUCGAGGUCCUCCCCGCAAAGUACGACGGAAGUUAUCGGUCUGUCGCCAGUGGAGGACUCUGACCCGACUCCGGGGUACGCCUUGAGCGCGGCAACGAUUGCCCACCGGCCAUCGAUGCGCGCCCAUAGCAUCUCGGCCGCAACAGCACUGGUAGGCGGCGAAGGGGGUGCCGUACCUUACACGACGAUGGACAGGCAGAUGUUCACGGCGAACCCCCCCGUGAAGCCUGAGACGGACGAAAGGAACCGUGCUUAUGUGUUGCAUGCGUCGGCGCUGGCUAUGGCGAGGAAGAUGUAUGACCAGCAGAAGAUGAUUGAUAAAUCGUCCCGGGCACAUGUGCGGUCGUCCACGUUUCCUGGUGGUGAUGUUGCCGGUCUUGCGGCGUCAAAGGACGAUGAGACGGAGCAGCAGCAGCCACAGCAGCGUGGAAUGUACACCAGUCUUCAGGAAACAGCCUACCGUCUAGCCCAGGAGCGUCUCAGCAAACUCCAAGAGGAGCACGACCAGCAGCGCGGCUUCCACGAAUACUACACCCCAGCACCAACUGGCACUCCCUCAACCGCGACACGAACCAAAUUCGGCAGCCUCAAAGGCAAGCUCUCCCGCCGACGAUCCUCCAGCGACGGCGACCUCUUCCGCCUCCGAAACAACAACACCAACAACCCCAACAACGAAGGCGGGGGCGCAGAAGACAAACAACGCUCCGACCGCAUCCGCAAACAAAUGUCCCUCCUCAACAACCAACUCACCUCCAUCGACGAAGACAAGCGCACCCGCGACCGCCAGGCCGUACUCGCCGCCGCCCAGCGCAACGUCCGCGCCCGCCUGCAGCAGAUGGAUGACAAGGUGCUUUCUGACACGGGCCGCGUGCCGAAGAGCACUAUGGAUGAUUGGGGGCGGAAAGCGCUGGUUGCUGCGCAGGCUAAGGCGGCUGCGUCGGGGCAUGGGCUUACGAAUGGACAGGUGGAUGUGGGAGGGGGAAAGAUGGUGGAGAGGGCGCAGGUGGAUAGGGUGGCGGCGAGGAAUGUGCAGCCGUUGUUGGAUGAGAUUAAUGAACUUGCGGAGGCGGAGAGGGUGCGGUUGGAGGAGGAGAGGGUUGAAGAGGAGAGACGGAGGGAGGAGGUGGAGGGGGAGAAGAUGAGGGAACGAGAGGUGCAGGAGAUUCAUCGGAAGUUGAAAGAACAACAGAAAGAAGACGAAAAAGCCCGCAAAGCCGGAAUCAAACACGACGAAAAGGUCCGCAAGGAAGAAGCCAAGGCCAUCCGGGCCGAGCAACAACACCAGCACCAGCACCAGCACCAGCACCAGCAGCAACCCACCGCCAACAACACCCCUGCCCCGGCUCCAACAACAGCCGAACACAAACGGCUCUCCUCCGUAGGCGGCCGCGUCCGCACGCUAUCCCUCAGCUUUGCCAAACACCGCCGCAAGAACUCGGACGAGGACAGCGCCCCUUCGCCCACGACCAAAGUCCGCACCUGGCUGUCGUCCAAGUUUCCUAGGGCUAGGAAUGUUAGCGGGGGUAGUAGCAAGUCAGUUGCUCCUGAGAACGGUGGGGGUAGUGAGAGGCUUGUUGAGGAGGGAAAGGAAGGGCGGUUGGGGGGUCAUCAGCGUGAUGUGAGCAGUGGUGGUGGUUUUAUCGGUGGUGUUGCGCUUGCUCGGCAGAAGGGGACUGCGAACUCCGAGUCGAGUAUCCCCUCGGUUGCGACGGCAAGCGAUGGGAACGGGAAGGCAGCUGGAAAAAUAGCACCUGGGACUUUAGAAGGAAAACAGGCCGCAGACUUGAGCACGACUACCACCACCACACCCCAAACCGGACACAACACCGAAACAACCGUACCACAACCACAACCACCCUCCACGCCCCCAGCGAAGCUGCGAAAACCCCCUCCUUCCCAACCAUCACCAGAAACCUCGACCCCAACCUCAACACACCAAAACCACGACCGCUCCGCGAGAAGUGAACAACAGCAGGAGGAGGAAAGUUCCCCGCAGCAGAAAGUUGGCCCUAGCACUGGUCCUAGCACCGGCACUGGGCUGGGUUCGGGAGCGAUGGCGGUGCCGUUGGCUGGGGGCAGACGGAGGGUGAGUCCCGUUAGGGGGUCGCGGUUUUCGGAGGUUUUUGAGUGA